ACUCGCCCAUGAGCUUUCCCUUGUGUCAGUCACCAUGGCGGCAUACAGCAGAAAGCUGUGGCCUCAUCGUCACUUUUAAACCUAUCAUAAUGAUUUUUUAAAGGUUGCCUUUCUACAUGUAUAGGUUUAUUAUUAAAAAAAAUGGACAACCGGUUACUGUCAGGAUAGAUUUCUACUUUUUUCUUUGAAGGCGGAUACAUGAAAUUGUGGCAAACGCAAAAAUGCUGAAGAUCAAUGGAUUGGCUUUUAGUGUCGGUUUAGAUAAAGGAACCGUUUUACCAUAAUACAAAUUGUACAGCAACAGAUCUACUGUGUUAGAUUCUGGAUUCCUCGAGCCGCGCCUCGAUAGCAAGUUUGUUUGGACCGGUGGCAGCCUUCUGGUAUCGGUUUGGGGACAGAAUAAACCCCGAGGCUCACAUUGUGGCCUGGCCGUGGGGACUAAUUAUCAAUUUUUAGCACACUGGAGUUCUCUUAGUGGAUAACAAAGUGGUUACAAAGAUUGUGGCACAGACCGCGAACAUUAGAAAAUUGUCAAGAUAAGCAAAUUAAUUGUUUUUAACGCGUCUUCAAAACAAUGGCGUCUUAUGUGGAUAACAGUUUUCGUCAAGCUGUGAUGAUGAAUCCGGCGGAAAGAACGCAACAGGACCUGGAAAUAGUCUACUCCUAUCUGCAUGGGAUGGAGGCCCUGUCGAACCUCAGAGAACACCAGCUGAGGAUAAUGUGUGAGACAGUGCGUUAUGAAAGACACGAAGCCAAUGAAGUGCUCUAUUACCCGGAUGACGUCGGAAGCUGCUGGUAUAUCCUACUGUCCGGGUCCGUCUUCAUCAAGGAGUCCAUGUUCCUGCCAAGAAGCAGUUUUGGAAAGCGUUCUGCAGGGAGCCUGAGACGUGGAUGUGAGUGCAUCGUUCUGGAACCUUCGGAGAUGAUUGUGGUGGACUAUAUGGAGGAAAAUGAGGAGUACUUCCAGAGGCAAGCAUCACAUCGACAGUCCCGCCGCAGGUUCCGCAAGAUCAACCAGAAAGGCGAGCGGCAGACUAUCAUCGACACGGUGGACCCGUACCCCACCGGCAAGCCGCCCAUAGUCAGGGGAUAUCACACGCUCCCCGCAGACUUCAGCCGACUCCACCUGGCCGACGGCUUGCACCCACAGGUGACCCACGUGUCUUCCAGCCACUCAGGAUGUAGUAUCACCAGCGACUCUGGAAGCAGCAGCCUGUCAGACAUAUAUCAGGCCACGGAAAACGAGCCAGGCGACAUGGACCUCAGCGGCCUGCCUGAGACCGCCGUCGACUCAGAGGAGGACGAUGACGAGGAGGACAUCGAGCGAGCGUCGGACCCCCUCAUGAGCCGUGACAUCGUGCGGGACUGCCUGGAGAAGGACCCAAUGGACCGCACCGAUGACGACAUAGAGCAAUUACUGGAGUUCAUGCAUCAGCUGCCAGCGUUUGCCAACAUGACCAUGUCUGUGAGGAGGGAGCUGUGUGCCGUCAUGGUGUUUGCCGUGGUCGAGCGGGCCGGCACCAUCGUACUCAAUGACGGGGAAGAGCUGGACUCGUGGUCAGUGAUCCUGAAUGGCUCAGUGGAGGUGACGUACCCUGAGGGCAGGCCUGAGAUCCUGUGUAUGGGCAACAGCUUCGGGGUCUCCCCCACCAUAGAGAAGGAGUACAUGAAGGGAGUGAUGAAGACUAAGAUGGACGACUGUCAGUUUGUGUGCAUAGCGCAGCAGGACUACUGCUGCAUCCUCAACCAGGUGGAGAAGAACAUGCAGAAGGUGGAGGAGGAGGGCGAGAUCGUCAUGGUCAAGGAGCACCGUGAGCUGGACCGCACCGGCACCCGGAAGGGACACAUCGUCAUCAAGGGCACGAAGGAGCGUCUGACUAUGCACCUGGUAGAGGAGCACUCUGUGGUGGACCCCACCUACAUCGAGGAUUUCCUGUUGACCUACAGGACUUUCCUCUCCAGCCCCAUGGUCGUGGGCAACAAGCUCCUCGAGUGGUUCCACGACCCAAGCCUCAGGGACAAGGUUACACGGGUAGUCUUGUUGUGGGUGAACAAUCACUUCAAUGACUUUGAAGGCGACCCUGCAAUGACUCACUUUCUUGAAGAGUUUGAGAACAAUCUGGAGAGAGAGGUCCGUGUCUCAAAAAUGUACGGCCACCUUAGACUGUUAAACAUUGCCUGCGCUGCUAAAGCCAAACUGCGACUAGUGACACUGACCAAGCCGUCCAGGGAGGCCCCGCUAGCCUUCACCCUGCUGGGGGGCUCCGAGAAGGGCUUCCGCAUCUUCAUCGACAGCGUGGAGCCCGGUAGCAAGGCCGCGGAGGCCGGCCUUAAACGAGGAGACCAGAUUCUGGAGGUGAAUGGGCAGAACUUUGAGAAUGUCCAGCUCACGAAAGCCAAUGAGAUCCUGAGGAAUAACACCCACUUGUCAAUUUCUGUGAAAACUAAUCUUUUAGUGUUCAAGGAGCUCCUAGCCCGACCAGAGCACCACCACGAGGCAGAGGGUGAGGAGCCGCCAGAGGUGGACCGCAAGAAUGGCGCCCCGGCACACCUGCCCAAGAUCGGGGAUAUCAAGAAGGGCUCGCGCUACUCCAUCCCUGACCUGGCGGUGGAUGUUGAGCAGGUGAUGGGCCUGGAGAAGGCCAGCAAGAAGGCCAAAGCCAACACGGUGGGGGGAAGAAACAAGCUCAAGAAGAUCUUUGACAAGACGCUCACCAGCAUCCUGCCCCCAAAACCAUACAACGACGUGGGUGUGGGCCAGUCGCAGGACGACAGCAUCGUGGGCCUGAAGCAGUCCAAACAGAUUCCGGCCGCGCUGCCAGUCAGCGGCAGCCUGUCGUCCAGCAACCCUGACCUGCUGCAGUCCCACCACCGCAUCCUGGACUUCAACAACCAGCCUGCCCCAGUCGUGACAAACAUGUCAGACCAGGUGCUGCGGGUGUUCAAGGCAGACCAGCAAAGUCGAUACAUCAUGAUCGGUAAGGACACCACGGCCAAAGAGGUGGUGGCACAGGCCAUCCGGGAGUUCGCCCUGACCGCAGCGCCCGACGCCUAUUCCCUGUGUGAGGUGUCCAUCACGCCGGAAGGCGUCAUCAAGCAACGCCGGCUACCGGAGCAACUGUCCAAGCUGGCAGACAGGAUACAGCUCAGUGGCAGAUACUACCUGAAGAGCAACAUGGAGACAGAGACCCUCUGUUCAGACGAGGACGCCCAGGACCUCCUUCGUGAAGGCCAGAUCUCCCUCCUCCAGCUGUCCACCAUGGAAGUAGCCACGCAGCUCUCCAUGCGCGCCUUCGAACUCUUCUGCGCCAUCGAGCCCACCGAGUACAUCGACGACCUGUUCAAGCUCAAGUCCAAGACGGGCUCGUUUUGCCUCAAGCGCUUCGAGGAGAUCAUCAACCAAGAGACCUUCUGGGUGGCGUCGGAGGUGACCCGGGAGCCCAACCAGCUCAAGCGCAUGAAGACGGUCAAGCAUUUCAUCAAGAUAGCUCUCCAUUGUAGAGAGUGCAAGAACUUCAACUCCAUGUUCUCCAUCAUUAGUGGUCUGAACCUGGCCCCAGUAUCUAGACUCCGGGGCACGUGGGAGAAGCUGCCCAGUAAGUACGAGAAGCUGUUUGGGGACCUGCAAGACCUGUUUGAUCCAUCCAGGAACAUGGCCAAGUAUCGCAACGUGCUCAACAACCAGAACCUCCAGCCACCCAUCAUCCCCCUGUUCCCCGUCAUCAAGAAGGACCUCACCUUCCUGCACGAAGGGAACGACUCUAAAGUGGAUGGCCUGGUGAACUUUGAGAAGCUGCGGAUGAUCGCCAAAGAGAUCCGCCACGUGGGCCGCAUGGCCUCCGUCAACAUGGACCCAGCGCUCAUGUUCAGAACCAGGAAGAAGAAAUGGAGGAGUUUAGGUUCUCUUAGCCAGGGCAGUGCCAAUGCGGCGGUGCUAGACGUCACCCAGACAGGCGGGCACAAGAAGCGGGUGAGGCGCAGCUCCUUCCUGAACGCCAAGAAGCUGUAUGAGGAUGCCCAGAUGGCCCGCAGGGUCAAGCAGUUCCUGUCCAACCUCAGCCUGGAGACCAACGAAGAGGCGCUGCAGACCCUCUCGCUGCAGUGUGAGCCCUCCAUCAACACACUGCCCAAGAAUGCUGGUGGCAGUAAGAGGCCAGACACGUCUCCGGUGGUGUCCAGGGCUGCCAGCCAGCAGAGGGGCCAGCUGCAGAAGGGCAACCAGGCCCUCCAGGUGCCUGCUGUGGCCCUCUACCCCUCACGCAAGAAAGUACCCGUCAAGGACCUGCCACCAUUCGGCACGAGUUCCCCUCAGUCGUUGAAGAAGAUCCUGUCACUGUCAGAGGAGGCCAGCAAGCGUCAGACUGAGGACACUGUAUCCAACACCUGCUCGCAGCUCUCCUCCCCGCCCACCUCACCACAGAGCUCACCUAAGAAGGGGCUCGGGACACUGAAGGGCCAAAGUGUCCGGAAGGUUACCUUUACCAGUAAACAGACAGCCACAGGCUACCCCAGAACAGGAGAUGCCUACUCAGACUCCGGUCACAGUGAGAUCUCAUCGCGCUCCAGCCUGGUCAGCAACUCCUCCUUUGACAUGGCCCAGGAGGAGAGGAGGGGGCUCAGACACUCCGGAGGGGUGGGAGACCCCCACGCUGGAGGGGUGCGUCUGGAGAGGAGGGCUACGACAGACCCGGAUCAGUACAGCCUCGGUUCCUACUCGUCCAUGCAGGACUGCCGGGGUCUGUAUACCUGUGCCACGGUGCUAUCUCCCAGCUCCGAAGAGCUGACCCAGGACCAAGGGGACCGUGUCUCCCUGGAUGCUGCAGACAGUGGCCGCGGCUCCUGGACCUCGUGCUCCUCGGGCUCCCACGACAACAUCCAGACCAUGCAGCAGGGACGCAGCUGGGAGACCCUGGCCUUCGGGCCGGGUGGUGUGGUCAGCGUGGGUGUCCAUCCUCCCGGGGGGCCUGAAACAUUUAUAGGGGUCCCCUCUGGACUGUGGGCGUCUCACGCUAGAGGGAGCUGGGCAUCGGCCUCUUCAUCUUCCUCUGCAGCGUACUGGGGCGAGGACUCGGAGGGUGACACGGGCACGAUUAAACGUCGAGGCGGGAAAGACGUGAACGCUGACCCAGAGACAAGUAGUAUCACAUCCAUGGGGUCUGACGAGGCCAAGCAGCACGGGAGGCCAUCGCCCAUCACCGCUGGCAACAAGGGUCUUAUCACACGAAAGGAGAGCCGGUACCGCGAGCCCCCUCCCACCCCGCCGGGCUACACCGCCCUGACAAUCUCUGACUUCAGUGAGGGCCAGACACAGUCGCCACCCCCGUCCACGGCCCCGUCCCACUCUGGCCGCCGCCCACCUGACUACUCCACAGCCCUGCAGCGCUCGCGCAUGGUCACCCAGUCGCCCGACUCCCAGCAUCACCACCAGGCCAAACAACACCCAGGUUCCGGAACCACAAAGCGCCAUGGGCUCCACCGCACCCGCUCGCCAGACGAGGAUGAAGAGCCGGAGGAGGAAGAGGGUGAGUCCUUGUCUCCCAAACUAGUCGCUCUGAGGAAGACAGUGGCACACACAACACCAGAGACAACCAGGCCCUGAGAUGAGUGUACGGGUUAAAGGGCAGCCCCCCCCAGGCUGAGAGGAUGAACAGGUAUCAGCAGUCUGAGAGAGAACAGUCUUCUGCUGGAUGACUUGAAGUCGCUUCCAUGGUGCCGGAAAAAAAGACACUGAUGGACGGACAAAGCAAUCCAGUAUGUGCCUGCCUCCUCCGUCGUACUCUCCCUCCUGAUUGGUAGACUCCUCUGCUCAUCUCUCCCUCCCCUGCCUUAAAGCAUUAUCAGGGGUUGAAUAACCCUGCUUGAAAAAAUACUGUGAAGAAGUAGAAGAAGGAGAGACAGAAAAAGAAAAGUACAAUGCCUGGCACUUUGGAGAAAAGAAAAACAAGUCAAACUGUUUUGCUGUAAAAACAUACGGCGACGCGUGACAACCAAUGCUCACACAAACACACAGCUGUCCUGGAACAGCUUUCCAAGACUCUUAUCCCAACCCCACCUCACUCACACCUCACAGCAUCAUACCUCACACCUCACAGCAUCAUGACGUGUUGAGCUUUGUCUGCACUUUUUCUUUUUCUACUUUAUAAAACGUGAACAAAACGGACAAUGGUGAUUUAAUAAAAGAACAUUGAUCGAUUUUGAACUCUUAUGGAUUUUCAAAUUCCUGCUAGGUUUUUGGGGGUCUUCUUUCCAGAACUAUUGCACUCUGGGGGUAAAAGAGACUACACCCAAGUCUCAUAUCUAUGGACUCGGAAUAACAAAUCUGUCAAAAGGCUGUUUUAUUCCAUAAUUACAGUAUUAUCUGGUCAUUCACAUAUUAGACAUGACCUAGUGGUGGCUCCACCCCACUGCUAACUGGACAGUCACAAUGAGAGAAAUCAUCUAAUGUACUGACACUGGCAGUUUGGCUCCAGCACUUUUCAGUAAAACCUUUAGUACAACCCUCCAUUCCCAACCCUGGCCUGGAUAUCGGUCUCUUUUCCCAAUACGACCAGCGACCAGUUCUGGGUCAUAAACAGGGUCAUAAACAGUAAUGGACAGGUUUAACGGUGGGGACGUAGCAGUGGCCCUACCUGUCCACCCGGUCCCAUCUGGCUGGACCUAGCUGGUCGGCCAGUCCCAUCUCCGAUUGUAAAACCUCUUCUAUUUGUAGUCAUAGAUAUGGCUGCCUAUAGUUGUUUAGCUAGCUAGUCUGGCUACCUACCUAGCUACCUAAAUUGGCAAACAGAAAACAAAUAUCCCCCCCACUGUAACACAGUAGUAUGUUAGUCAGCAGUACGUGUUUCAGUAGAUUAACUAAAGUUCGCUAGCUAGCUAGGUGGCUUGCAGGAAAUAUAACAUACUUAGCUAGCCACCGUGUUUGUCAUCUGCCCUCUUGGUGCUGGCAUCGGCUGUAGCUGAGCUUCUAGCUAAAUCAAAAUCUUUGUUUUGAAUCCUCUUCUAUAUUCCGGUUGAAACGUAUGGGUGAAUGUCAUCAUGUAGGUAACAAAAAUGCUCCAUCUUUGAAUUCGUGUUGAUGAGAGGAAUCACUUGAAGCCAUUGUGGUCUGGUCAAUUUUUUCAAUUUUGCCCAAAGGAUUGUGGUGUUAGUGUCUGCCUCCCUUUCAAAAAAGCCUGCCUUGGUCGAGGGACGGUGCCAGAGCAGGAAGCACUGCCCACACACGUUUUAGUCUUUCAGAGAUUGGACAAAAUGUCAGCUUGUAUAUUUAGCAAUGAAUCCACUGAUAGGAACAUCCAGGUUUUAAACUGGAAGGUCACCUGGUGACUUAUAUUCAUUCUAUAUUUAGACAGUAUUGUUUUGGACAACUACAUGAGAUUUAUAUUGGCUUAGUCUUGUCCCUAAUGGUUAUGCUGAAAGAUAAGUACAGAGGUGAUUUAUACCUUAUUUUAAAAUGAACCAAUUUGGGGACGUGUUUGAGUUAUGCACCCCAAAGGCUCGAAUCCUAUAGAGGCGAAUGGAGUCUCGGAUCUUUCAGUGGUGCUGCAAUCUGCUGUUGCUACGUCCAUUUUUCGACUUAUAAAUUAAUGAUAUCCAUUGAUUCUUGAAGAAUAUAACUUAUAAAUGCCUCAUGAGCUUAGUUCAACUUUCAAACCCCAUCAUACCCCAAAAUAGAAUCUUGUUUUACUUCAAUGUUUGUAAAUGUAAACAGACAUUGUAUAGCCUCAAAAACAUGCUUACAACUAAUUUUGAUAUCUUGAUUGGUCAGUCCUUGCAUACAUAUCUUCGUCUAUUAAUUUUAGUGGUUACAUUUCUCCAGGCCAACCCCUCAGCUUUUUAGCAAAACAGAGGCGGUGUGAAUGCUUUAUUGUUUCAACUAAGGAUUGCCCUUUUAAGACUGAACUAGAAUACACGAGAAUGAACUAAAAUCAACCUUCUCUCCAACCUUGCUGUUGGAGACAUCCCUUCCUCUUCAUUGCAAAGCCACUUGGAGAAGUCUUCCACUGUUACAGGCAUCAAAAUCAGUGGAUGUGUAUAUGAGUAGGCAAUGCUAGCGUAGACCAACCUGUUAUCCACUGUCUCGCAACGUCAUUGGAAUUGACUGAAGGUUAUUGAAUAUGUUUGUUUUUUUGACUCCAGUGGGGAAGUUACCUAGAUUAAAUAAUUAACUUUGAAGGCUGCUAAUCAGAAUUAUUAGUAAUCAAAUUGUGAAAGUGUCACUUAUUUUAUCACUGAGUUGUGCUGAUCACAUUGAUCAGUAGUUAGAAACUAUAGACUGAGAAGUAGAAAUAAACGAGUGCAGUGUUUUUCACUGUGGUUUGUCAUUACACUAUAAUCAUUUGUCAUGUUUUUUGUUCAUGAUAAAUGUUUUCUAUGGCUGCCAAUAGAUUGUCUAAUGCGUUUGUAAUUCAGUGGUAACAUGCAUCAUCAUCAUUCACUUUCCUUCAACUCUUUAGCAGGCCAAGUCCUAUUUCGAAAAACAACAUUGCACAACAAUGUACAAGCAUAAAGAUAAUUGUAGUAGGUAGAACUGCUACUUGGUUUGAUGUGAUGUCAAGUGAGAAGUGUAUAUUUAACUGGUGAUGAUUUCUCAUACUUUCUUGUACUACUUUGACCUGUAUGUCUUUUAAAAAGACAAUUGGUGGAGUAAGUAUCGGUAGUUUUUUUGUAUUUUUAAUACAAUAAUUGUAAAUAUUGGUUAUAUUUUUGUUGAAAUGUACUAUGUUUAUGCCUCAACAUCCAGUUUGUAUGAAGCUGGGAAAUCAAUAAAUACUACAAAAGUUAUCAAUUCAUAGGUUUAAAUGCACUUAUUUUUUUCCUGCAUUUGGAGGUUUCGUCUCUUGAAUAUUGUUCCUUUCCAAGACCUCUCCUAUGCACCAUCUAGUGUUUGCACAAGAUAAGACAUGGAAGUAACUUGAACUGUGUAACCCUCAUACUUUUCUAACUGACAACAGUGUACAUCAGAAUUAAUAAAAAUAUAAGUCUCCA